UAUUGUAAACACGAAUCAACGCAUUGAAAUUUGAAAAAUAAUUACUUUGAUUGACCAGUCUUGAGUUUUAACUGUUUAUUUUAUGUCGAUUAUUUUCGUAAAUUAACGUUACUUUAGUUCAAAUUGAUAAAUAAUAUUAUAUCGACUUGAAACUGUUGUUAAAAGCCACUAGUGUAACAUUACGUCCAAUAUAAUUCUGUUUUACUAAAGUAUUCGUCAUGGAUUGGAUGUAUGAUGGUAUCAAAAUACAAAAAGAAGAUUAUCUGUUGGGGAAAAAAGUUGACAAAAAAUUUAAUGAAACAACGGACGAUGAAUCAAUCCUACCACCACAAAAAUAUCCAACAAACAAUACAUUUUCUCAAGUAGAUAUGACUAAAAAAAUUUUGGAAGAUCCAUUGGUAAAUAUCAAAAAGCGUGAAAUUGAAUGUACACAGAAAAUUCUACAAAACCCUAUGCUUUUAAAAAAACAACAAAAGAUGAAAUUAGAAAAACCUUCUAUUGAGGAUCGCCAGUUAGAUAUGAUAUUAGUUAGUCGUUUAAAAUCCUAUGAAAAAGCUGGACUGGAUCUUGCUAAAAUAUUAUCUAUUACGAAACAUAAGGAAAAGAAAGAUCAUAAAAGUAAACAUAAAACAGCUAUGUCUAGUUCUGAAGAAGAUGAAAAAAACAAUUAUAAUGAGAGAUUAACUGAUAAACAAAAGAAAAAUAUACAAAGAUCUGAUUUUGAGCAAGACAAUAAGAGACGAAAUGAAAAAAAAACUUUUAAAUACAGAGAUCACAAACGCAAUGAAAAUAAAAAUAGAAGUGAUAGACACAGAUCAGUUUCAUCUUCAAAUGAUAUUGAUUCUUCUUCUAAAAAUAAAUUAACAAAUCAGUAUAAACAUCAGAGAAAUAAGAAUCAAAAAAAUAAUAAUAGUAAAGCAAAACAUAGGUCAGUUAGUACAGAUGAAGAUGAUGAUCGUCAAAGUUUUAUUAAAAAGAGGAAUGAACAUAAUAAAUUAAUCUCUGAAGAAAAAUGUCAACAACAAAUAGAUAGUAUUUCUAAAGAUAAAUACAAAUAUAAUAAACAUAUAAAAGAAGACAAUAAUAAAAAAGAUGAUAAAUUUAAAUUUAAACAGCAAGAAGAAAAAAAUGAAAAGAAAAGAUACAAUGAUAAUAAGAGACACAAAUCUCUAAGUUCAGAUAAAGAGUUAGAAAAAAAAAAACAGUUUUAUCGACGAAAUAGUUCUGAUAGAGAACAUGAGUCCAAGGUUUCUAAACAUAUAAUAAGCAGUCAUGGACAUCGACCAAGUUCGAGUAAUAGAAGAAGUAGAUCAAAAAGUAUUCAAAGAAGUAAAAAACAUCAAAAAGGAAAUGAUAUGAUAAAAGAAAACCCAAAACGGAAGUCAUGUAGCACUUCUAGCUCAGAUGAUGAGAGAAAAAAAAGUAAAGAAGUAAAGCAGUCUUCAAAGCGUCUACAUAGCCCAGAAUUUCAUUCAGAUAAUGAAAAAAAUGAAAACAUUGGAAAAAAGAACUAUGGAUUAAUAAUUCCAAAAGGUCUUAACAUAAAAAAACCAAUCAAUAGUCCUCCACCGGCAAACAUAAAAAAAAAUACUAUUGUUCGACCCAAAUCACCACCUGUUAAGAAGAAGAAAUUGACUGAAGAAGAAAUGGAGCGAAUGAGAAAAGAAAUGAUGGAGGAUGCAAAAACUAGAGAUAAAGAACGUUCUUCUAAUGUUAAACGUUAUAGAAGAGAAGAUAAAAAUGAUGAAAAAAAACAAAAACCUUAUAGUAAAGAGUUUUUAAUUAAACAAUUGGCACAUGCAGCUUCACAAGUUAGCGUUGAAAGAAGUAUCAAGUCUAACGUAAAUAAACUUCAAAAGAAUACAGAUUAAUUUAUUACAUAUUAUAUAGGUACAAUAAUGUAUAAUAAUGUAUCAAUAAUGUAUGAUAAACUGUAGUUGAGUUAAUAUUUCUGUUAAUAAUUCUUUUUUUUUAUCAUAAUUGUGUAAGCAGUUUAUUUUAUAUUGACUUAUACUUAGAUAGAUUAAAUCUAUAAUGUUCCAUAUUACAAUGAGCUAUUUUUUAUUGACUGUUUCAGUGUUCCAAUAUGUGUACAAAUAAUAUUUUUAUUAGUUAUUAUAACAUUUCAUGUUUGUUUAAUUAAUAAAUCUUGUAUACAAAAAAUGUAAUAAUCUAUAACUGCAUGUAUGCACUUGUACUGAAGCAUUGUCCAUGAAAUAUUAAAUCCAGGAUACGAUUUUUUUGAAUACCUCUUUAGGCAAGUAACUUUUUACAACUUUUUAUUAACAAUAACAUU